AUGACUGAUUUAUUUCAAGAAAAAGAAAUUAAAUUUGGCUUUGAUUCCACAACUGACGAUGAGUCUAUGGUAAAUAAUAAACCAAUGGAAGAUACUAGUAAUCAUCUUGAAGAUUUUUUUCUUCCAGAACAAUCAUCAAUGGUAUAUGCUGAAAGCAAAUUCAUUCCUAAAGAAAAGAGAGCAAAAGGAUUAAUUGAACGUGAAAAAGGAUAUAAACAUCGUCAAAACCUAAAAAAGAAAUUCGAAAAGAAACCUCGAAGACCUGGACUAAUUCAACAUGAAACACUUCAACAACAAAUGAAAGCUUCAAAAGAAUUUAGUGACCCAGCUCCUGUAUUUAAUAUGCCAAGAGAUCCAAGAAGGUUACAAGAAAAAGAAGAAACGACAAUAGAAAAUGAAGAGCCUAAACGCAGAAUUAUUUUAACAAAUAAAAUAGAAAGAACACCUCUAUUUAAUUCAGAGACAACUGCUGACUCUUCAACAAAUACUAUAGAUAAUGAUUUAUUUACCAUCGAGGAUGAUAAUGAUUUCUUCUCUUCUGAUUUUGACUUAUUUAGUCAUCCAAAGAAACAACAUUCAGAAAGUGAAGUACAGUUAUAUUGA